GUCAGUCGUAUUCGGCAUCGUCAGGCCGUCGUUUCGUCUUCUCUUUGCUCUAGUGUGUGUGUGUAUAUCCUGCGCCAGGUGUGAGGAUGCCUUCUGCUUCCACUCUGUUCAGCACCUCGGGCAACAAAAUCCAAGCCGAGAGCACGCAGGCUGACGGCAAGACCUACGAGCAGUUGAGGAAGGAGUGCCUGCAGAGGAAGCAGCUGUUUGAGGAUCCUGACUUCCCCGCCAAGGGCUCAUCUCUCUUCUACAGCCAGAGCGUCCCCGUCAACUUCGAAUGGAAGAGACCCGGGGAAAUCUGCAAAGAUCCUAAGUUCAUCGUUGGAGGAGCGGACAGAACAGACAUAUGUCAAGGACAGCUGGGAGACUGCUGGUUGUUAGCAGCCAUCGCCUCACUGACACUGCACAAGGAGAUCCUGACGAGGGUCGUGCCACCUGACCAGAGUUUUGAUCUCGGCUACGCUGGCAUCUUUCACUUCCAGUUCUGGCAGCAUAACCGAUGGCUGGACGUGGUUAUAGACGACAGGCUGCCGUGUGUGAGGAACAGCCUGGUGUUCCUCCAUUCAGCCGAAAACAACGAGUUCUGGAGCGCACUGCUGGAGAAGGCCUACGCCAAACUGAACGGCAGCUAUGAGGCUCUGAAGGGAGGCAGCACCCUGGAGGCCAUGGAGGACUUCACCGGUGGAGUCGGAGAAACAUACGAGACAAAGAAAGCUCCCGCAGACCUUUUCGUCAUCCUGAAGAAGGCGCUGGAUAGAGGUUCCAUGCUGGGCUGCUCCAUUGAUAUCACCAGCUCAGCUGAAUCAGAAGCUCAGACUUCCACAGGCCUGGUCAAAGGUCAUGCCUACUCCAUCACAGGCCUGGAAGAGGUGAACUACAGAGGGGGAAAAGUGCGAUUGAUCCGUAUCAGAAACCCCUGGGGUCAGGUGGAAUGGAACGGCCCCUGGAGCGAUAAAUCCAGAGAGUGGAAUAAUGUUGAUAAAGCAGAUAAGAUCAGACUGCUGGAAAACGCCACAGAUGAUGGAGAGUUCUGGAUGGAGUUUGAGGACUUCAAGGUGAACUACGACAAAGUGGAGCUGUGUAACCUGACUCCGGACUCCCUGACAGAUGACACCAAGAAGAAGUGGGUCAUGAACAUACUGGAGGGCAGCUGGAUUCGGGGCUCUACCGCCGGAGGCUGCAGGAACUACAUUGACACCUUCUGGACCAACCCUCAGUUCAAGCUGAAGCUGGAGGAACCGGGCAAAGAUAAUCAGUGCAACGUCAUCGUGGCCCUCAUGCAGAAGAACCGACGCAAACUGCGCAAGGAAGGGCUGGACCUGGAGACCAUCGGUUUCGCUAUCUAUCAGUGCGCUGAUCACGAGGACCACGCAGACAAGGAUUUCUUCCGCUUUAACGGUUCGAAAGCACGCAGCCGCACCUACGUCAACACACGUGAGGUGUCCGAGCGUUUCACCCUCCCACCGGGCAACUACCUGCUGGUGCCCACCACCUUCCAGCCCCACCAGGAGGCUGACUUCCUCGUGCGGAUCUUCUCCGAGACCAAAGCCGGAGCGCUGGAGAUGGGCACCACUGUCGAUGCUAACCUGCCUGACCCGCCAAUGCCGACUCCGCCUGAGAAGGAGAGUGAUGAGGAAAAGGGCCUGAGGAAGCUGUUUGAACAGAUCGCUGGCUCGGACCAGGCCAUCAGCGCCCAUGAGCUGCAGGACGUCCUAAACGGAGUACUCAGCAGGAGGAAAGAGAUUAAAUUUGAUGGUGUGAGUCUGAAUACCUGCCACAGUAUCAUCAACCUGAUGGAUGUGGACUGCUCGGGAAUGAUCGAGUUUCAGGAGUUUAAGGUCUUCUGGGAAAAGCUGAAGAAAUGGAUGAUGCUGUUCCUGUCGUUCGAUACAGACCGGAGUGGACGGAUGUCCACCUACGAGCUCCGGUCUGCUCUCAAGGCAGCAGGGAUGCAACUGAAUAAUCAACUACUUCAGCUGCUAGCACUGAGGUUUGGGGAUGAGCGAUAUGAAAUCGACUUCGACGAUUACCUCACCUGCAUCGUCCGACUUGAGAACAUGUUCCGCGUUUUCCAAGCCCUGGACACACAAAACAGAGGAGAAGUGAACAUGAACUUUCAACAAUUUUUGUUGCUGGCCAUGAAUGUCUGAAGGGGAGAAGAAUGAAUGAAAUAAAACCUGAGGAAGUGAGAAGGACAGCCUUGUCCAUGUGUUGCUUAAAGAAUUGUUCUGUAACAUUUAAGUUUCCCAAACAUAGAUUUCUCCAAACUGAAAUUAAAUUUCACCGGGGAAAUCAGUUACACUGGAAAUAAUUUGAAGACUUUAUUAACCGGAUGUUGGAUUAACACUCAGAAAUCUGAUUCUGUACAUGUUAUGGUCUUUAAUUAUUUGCUUUGUUUGUUUUAUGUUUUGUUUGUUUGUUUGUUUGUUUUUUCUUCCAGAUUUUGAGUUGGCUUGUGCAGAAAAUAAAUACAUUCACGCA